GGGCGAUCAAUGCGAUCUUGCGGGUGUGCCCGCUUUUUGCUGCCCCUGUCUUUCCCGUAUUUCGCCGUAAACGUUUUGUCGUAUCAUCGAGAGAGAUCUGAGGUUCUCUCGCGGUGAAACGAUGCGCCCUACAUCGUCGUAAGAUUCAUCGUAAAUAGUGCCGUUUUCAAAGGACGAACGAACGGACGAAACGCGUCCCGCGAGAUCCGCGACGAAGGACAGCGAGUGAGAUCAUCGAGUGAACGAGUCCGUCAUCGAUGCUUUAGUCGGCGAGACGAAUUUUAAAGCCGAGCUUUUUAAAUACGUGACCAUGAAGCUCACUGUAUGCAUUAUUUCCAUUUUGGUGCUGGGAGCAUCAGCUAUAAUUCAAUCGCCGCCACGGAUAUCUAAACAACCACCAACAGACGAACAGUUGUUUCAAGUCGUCCAGGCAAAAAUUAACGAAAAUGAUAAACCAUUUUUAAUUGAAUGCGAAGCAGAAGGAGAACCAGCUCCAACAUAUCGUUGGAUUAAAAAUGGGAAAGACUUUGAAUGGCCGGCGUAUGACGAUCGCAUUUCUCAACAACCUGGUAGAGGUACCUUAGUGAUCUCAAGACCAAGAGACGAAGAUUUAGGACAAUAUCAAUGCUUCGCGGAGAAUGAAUGGGGUAUAGCCACGUCAAACUCUGUAUUUGUUCGAAAGGCCGAAUUGAAUUCUUUCAAGGACGAAAAUCCGACAACUGUAAGCGCGAAUGAGGGUUCUCCUUUCAAACUUACCUGCCAACCACCUGAUGGCUGGCCUAAGCCGAACGUUUAUUGGCUAAUUCAAGAUAUUGCCGGUGGUAUCAAGUCGAUCAAUAAUUCGAGAAUGACUCUAGACCCGGAGGGUAAUCUCUGGUUCAGCAAUGUCACGAGGGGUGAUGCCUCGGAUGACUUUUACUAUGCCUGUGCUGCCACAUCUGUGUUCAGAAACGAAUACAAAUUAGGCAAUAAAGUUUUGCUAUACGUAGUUUCUACAGGUGCGUCCGCCGGCCAGAACAAGUAUCCUCCCGAGAGGCAAUACGUUAGUAGGAAAAACGAGGUCGCUUUGCGUGGCAAGAAAGUAGAGUUGUAUUGCAUAUAUGGUGGAACACCCUUGCCGCAGAUCGUUUGGAGCAAAAAUGGCGAAUUGAUUAGUCCGAAUGACAGGAUAACUCAAGGUAACUACGGCAAGUCUCUUGUCAUAAAGCACGUCAAUUUUGAAGACGAGGGAACGUACACUUGCGAAGCGUCGAACGGAGUGGGCACCGCUCAAUCAUAUUCGAUAAAUUUGAACGUGAUGGCCGUCCCGUAUUUCACGGUCGAGCCGGAAUUUGUGAACGCCGCAGAGGAUGAGACCGUGGAAAUUAGAUGCGAGGCUAGCGGAGUACCCGUUCCUGAGAUCAAGUGGAUACAUAAUGGCAAACCGAUAUCUGAGGCACCGCCGAACAGCAGGCGGCGAGUCACGUCGAAUUCUAUCGUCAUUGAGAAACUCGUGAAAAAAGAUACGGGUAAUUAUGGAUGUAACGCCACUAACUCGUUGGGAUACGUUUACAAAGAUGUGUACGUAAACGUGUUGGCGCUCGAUCCGGACAUCACGCAACCGCCCACGGACAUGAGCACGGUCGAUGGCAAGACCGUACGAAUCACAUGCCGCGUUUUCGGUGCGCCCAAACCUGAAGUCAAAUGGAUUAGGAACGGACAGGAAUUGACUGGUGGUCGUUACAAGAUUUUGGACACUGGCGACUUGGAAAUUGAAAACGUAAUAUUCUUGGACGCGGGUACUUAUACGUGUCACGCUUCCAAUAAAUUUGGCGAAGUGAAGGCGUCCGCCGAAUUGGUCGUGAAGGAGCACACUAGAAUAACAGACGAGCCGGAGGAUUACGAAGUCGCGGCGGGUUCCACUGCCACAUUUAGGUGCAAUGCUGUUACUGAUCCCAGUCUACCUCUGAUCAUAGACUGGCUAAGCAACGGUGAACCAAUAGACUUCGAGAUGGAACCAAGAUUCAUACGGAGCUCCGAUUAUUCUCUGAUGAUCACAAAGACGACUGAAUUGGAUUCUGGUACUUAUACUUGCGUCGCGCACACCGAUCUAGACGAAGCGAGAGCGCAAGCAACGUUGAUAGUUCAGGAUGUACCUAAUGCACCGAGAUUAGUCGGCGUCACAUGCAUGACACAUGACGCCGACGUUCAGUGGAUACCUAUGGGCGAUAACAGAGCACCUAUUCUGCGCUACACUAUUCAAUAUAACACUAGCUUUACGCCGGAUACUUGGGAGAUAUCCAAAGAUUUCGUGGCCGCCAGCGAGCAGAGAUUGUCAGUGCCUAUGUCACCGUGGGCCAAUUAUACAUUCCGCGUUCUUGCAUGGAAUAAGAUAGGUCCAUCUUUACCAUCACCACACAGCGACAUUUGUACCACCUUAGCAAAUGUUCCUUUUAAAAAUCCGGACAAUGUCAUGGGUAAAGGCACUACUCCGCAAAAUUUGGUCAUUUCGUGGACAACCAUGCCGCAAAUUGAGCACAAUGCUCCCAGAUUUCAAUAUCGAGUGUAUUAUAGGAGAGAUAUACCAGGUGUGGACUGGAAUAUACAAGAAAUACACGAUUGGAGACAAAACAAUCUGCUUGUGGAGAAUCAACCUACAUAUCAGAGAUACAAGAUUAAAGUCGUCGCGAUAAACGAGAAAGGAGAAAGUAACGCUACAGCCGAAGAAGUUAUCGGGUAUUCCGGAGAAGAUGUACCCCUGCAAGCGCCAGGUAAUUUUACACUGAAUCAAGUAAAGUCGAGCACGACUGCUCAGUUGUCGUGGAGCCCGGUACCAGAAGAAUCAGUGAGAGGUGAGCUGCAGGGAUAUAAGAUUCAGACGUGGACGGAUAAGGAUGGCGAGAAGGGAAUGCGCGAGAUUGACAUUCGCGGAAACAAGACGCAUGCAUUGGUCACAAAGUUUGUUCCGUAUAGCAAAAAUAAUGUGAGGAUACUCGCUUAUAAUGGCAGGUAUGCUGGUCCUGCGUCCGAAACUUUGACCUUUGACACACCGGAAGGAGUGCCGGGAACAGUCCUCAGUUUAGAAGCAUUUCCUAUGGGAUCCAGUGCUCUAUUUCUCGUGUGGACACGACCCGCGGAGCCGAACGGUAUCUUAACCGGAUAUAGGAUUUAUUAUCAAGUUGUGAAUGGCACAAAAUUAGGAACUCUACUCGAGAGAAAACCACAUGUUAUGGAUCCAGAGGCGACAACUGCCAAAUUAGCUGGAUUAGCACCUGACACAAUAUAUCGCGUUCACAUACGUGCCACAACUAGAAUUGGCGAAGGCAAUGACUAUUUUAUUGAACAAAAGACACGAACGUCUCAACGACCUGACGUCCCACAGUUUACAUGGGAAACUGUACCAGUGGAAAAUGGAUAUUCAAAUGUGAGAGUGAUUUGGCUACCGAAUCUGAACGGCAAUCCGGGCAGUCAUUUUUUCGUUAAGUAUAAGCUCAAGGGUGAAACAAUAUCUUUAAUGACUGAUCCGGAAUUUCUGUCGAAAUCUAUCGAAGUUCGCGGUCUUCAAAGCGGUGAAGUCUACGUGAUGUCAAUUGUUGCUGUCGAUGGAGACUACAUGACCGAAAGCGCUUCUCAAGAGGUAGAGACGAGCAGCGAAGGACCCAUUAUUCAACCGAAGGAGAAUGUCGCGACGGCUGGUUGGUUUAUAGGAAUGAUGCUGGCAAUCGCUAUCCUUCUACUAGUGCUGAUAAUCGUUUGCGUAAUCAAACGAAACAGAGGUGGAAAGUAUGCGGUGCACGAGCGAGAAUUGGCCGCUGGACGUGGUGAUUACCCCGAGGAAGGCGGAUUCCACGAGUAUUCGCAACCAUUGGACACCAAAUCGGCUGGCGGACGCGCAUCUCUGGCAUCAUCUUCUCAUCAGGAUGGUAAACAUCCUGAAUCCGAUACGGACUCCAUGGCGGAGUACGGUGACGGCGACACAGGCCGCUUUACUGAAGAUGGAUCCUUCAUCGGACAAUAUGGACCUAAAGGUAGGCCAGAGGAGACACCAUCAAUUCCGACUGGUACUAUGGCCACGUACGUGUAACAUCCGCAACUGUUAAUCAAAGUCGCUAUAAAAAAGAAAAAAGAAGAAAAAAAAACAUUUUCUCGUUACGGUAAAGGAUCUGCCCGAUCCUUGGCUAUUGCAACAGCUCUGCUAUGCACCUUGCGCUGGGCGCAAUGUCCAACACUAUACUGCCAAUUAGAUUCUGAGGUUUUGGGUUUUAUGAUUUUCAUAGAAAAAACCGUGACUAUCUUUUAUACUCAUGUUUGGAAUAUCCGUAGAUUUUCAAUGCGCAAUAAUUAAACGGUUUUAAAUUUCUGAAAUAUUGAAAUACAUUCCGAAUCUUCUUUUUCAUUUAGCAUUUUUGAACAUGUAGCAAGAAUAGAUCAGUUUUUGUUACAAUUAUUCUCUUCAUUUAAAAAUGCCGAUAUGUAGAGCACAAAAGAGAGCAUAUUUCUAUUUUAAUUAUAAAACCCAGAAACUGUAGGUGUUCAUAGCGUGCAAGCUAUUUAUGGAAAUAGUAUCGUAGAAACUAUUCUAGCAUUGAUAUUUGAGACAGAGCCAGAUUGAGUUGGACACGCCGAUUGGUGACGAGAUAUACGAAUUGUUUCCGACUUGUGAAAUACUUUUAAGACUGCAUGUAGUAUCCAAUAUUUCGCAACAUGAUGCGCGUUGAUUUCUAAAUUUAUCGACGUAUUUAUAUCUUUUAACAUAACAUCAAGUGCUGCAAUUGAAAAAAAGAUUUGAAAAUUGGUUCUGCUAAAAAUAAAUAUUGCUUAUCCGAUACAAGUAUUUCCACAUAUUUCCAAGUAAUUUAUUACUUUACCUAUAUAUUUACACUAAUAGUUUUGUCAUGUAUUGGAAUUUUUGUCUGCUAAAUUAUCGAAGUUUUCUUCAAAAGCUAUUUUGUAAUCUACUUGGAUUGUGUUGAUAAAGAAAGAUUUGACAAUAUUGAAAUAAUUUAGAUAAAUACGAUAAAAAAAAUAAUAUUUUCUAUACAGAAAUAUUAGGAAUAAGUGUAUAAAUAUAAACAGAAAAUAUUUUUUUCUUUUUUAGGAAAGUUAAAUACUUGUAUCGAUAGUCAAUAAAAUCUAUUUUUAACAGAAAUUUUUCUAUUCUAGUAAUAUAUUAUAUUCGAGUGACUAUAUACAUCAAAAUGUAUUCAUAAAAUAUUAAAUCUUAGUGCCUAUAUUGGAAAAUAUUUAUAUUGAAAUAAUUUUUUUUUUUAAGUGUAAAAGUUACAUUCAUGCUUUAAACGGAACAAAUUAAUCGAAAUCUUCGUGAUAAAUGCUUUUUUACUCAAAUGAAGCUUUAUAGUGAAAUUAAUACACAGUGUAAUUAGAAAAUUUUUAUCAUUUUAUAUACAAAUAAAAUAAAUAUAUGCUAUAUAACUUAUAUAAAAAGAUGAUAACAUCUGAAGUUUUUAAAAUGAAUAAAUCAAAAUUAUAUCUAAAUUUGAAAGCGAGGGAACGCACAAUAUAUAAAUACAGUGAAUAAUAUUUACAUGCAAUCUUGAAAAAAAAUGAACAAUGUAAAAAAUAGUGUCGCAAUCUGGCUUCGACUGAUUUUAACUUUAAUCUUCUAAUGAACGGUUAUUCUAAGAACCUUUAGCCGCGAUCAAUUUUUACUCUGCCGAAAAAGGGCCAAAUCUAAACGAACGAAUAAUAUAAUCUCUACAAUUGUCAUGCACUUACACUCUUUUAUUAUUAACAAACACACAAAUAUAUAUAUAUAUAUAUAUAUAUAUAUAUAUAUAUAUAUAUAUAUAUAUAUAUAUUUCCAUACAUAUAUGCGCAAACAAGUGAGGAUACACGCGAAGGAUAUAGUAAAAGGUAAAGUAAUAUUGCAGGAGAGAUUGUAUAUGCACUAUAUGUAUAAGUAGAUAACAAAAAUCGCAAGGCCUCUAUAAAUAAUUGUUGCUUGUGUAUGUGAAAUAUGCUUCGACACGAAAACCUUUUUAUUUUUAUGAGAAAGUUACUUUUUUUGCUUUUUUGAUAAUUUUAUUAUCCAAUAAUUAUAAGCUAACGCUACAUGAUUAUUUAAUAUAUAUUAAAUAAAGAUAUUAAAUAUAUAAAUAUAUAUAUAGAGAGAAAGAGAGGAAAAGGAAAGAGAAAGAGAUAUUAUAUAGAUAUAUAUAUUAAUUAUAUAUGAAUUAUUAUUAUUAUUAGUAAUUUUUUAAAGGAUGCGACGAUCACAGCAGAGCAACUAUAAUUAUUAUUACUUAGUGUAUGGGAUGUUAAAAUUUGUUUAAACCUUUAAGUACAAUUUGUACAAAAAAUUUAUUUAGAUAAACGUUAAGUUAAUGUAGUCAAAUGCGAUGUACAGGUUGUCUGCAAAAGUGUCGCGAGCAAAUAUGUCAGGUACAAAGAUAAAGCGAAACAAAGAUAGGUACAAAAUGUAUAAUAUUUAUGAUACGUAUGAUACAAGAAUCACAAAUUAUAGUACUGUUGAUAUAUCAAUGAUAUAUCAUUACUUGAUAUCAGACAGGACUAGCUCGUGUCUUUCUUCAUGACGCGAAUUCUUAUAAGGAAUAUUCUUUUACACACCGGAUGCGAAAAGUAUCUUUCUCUCUAAUGCGAUUAAAAAUAUAUUUGUUACGGUCUUUUUUGCCGAACAUCCUGUACAAGUGACUUGGACGUCACAUGAUGGUUAAGAUUUUUCCUUCUAAUUACACAAUACCAGCUUAUAUCGCGUAAUAAUAUACGAGCGUUUUUGUAUUAUUGUACGUCCCUUAUGAUGUUAUUCAUUUAUCGAUGCUGAAAAGAAAUCUUAAUUAAAUGGAGAGCGUGAAUCUUGUAGACGGUUGUGUGACGAUGCUAAAGACUGCGUACUGCGAUAAACAACAUCAUAUUUAAUCGUUUAUUCGUAAAGUAAUCACUUGCGAGUUUACUCGAUCCUGAUUUACAGCUUUAUACGUACAUAAGCAAAAGGUUGCGAUAUUAACAAUAUGAGACAAUCUAAUAUCGUCGAUAUAAUUGUGAGGAUGCAACUGUGCAAUCUUUAAACUUACUGUGAAAACUGCAAUUAUAUACAAUAGAUAGACACAUAAGAUUUUCUCGAAUCAAUAUCUCUCAUCUUGAUAUAUGAUCGCACUAGCAAUAACCAUGACGAAAUUGAUGAUGGAAUUGUAGACGUAUCUUGGUAAUCUCGAUGUCCAAGUCACACGACACAUAUACACAAAAACACACACGACGAGAGCGCAUUUUUAGAGUAUUUUUCUAUUGCUAGCCUCUCCAUUUUUAUCGCGGGAUGUAACAAAGCUCAUUCGUUCUGCACAUUAUAAACUAUUAGUUUAGACUCGUUAAUCUAUAAUGUUAUACAUAUAUACAUAUAUAAAAACUUCCAAAUACUUUCGCACGAGCAGCUCUUCGUAUGUUGUAAUAUUUGUAAUUCUCUUCUUUAUUUUUUUUUAUAAUUUUGUACUUUGUAUAAAAAAAAAACAUUUGCAUUUCUUUAUAUGCGAUUUCGUGUCUACAACGGAUGUAUGCGUUGCGUCGAUUUUACGUAUCUCGUCAUCUCGUGUCUUCGGGACGGUGAGCGAGAAAACUACUACUCUGCUUGAUAUUAGAUUGUAUCGAUGAAAAGAGAAAUGAUUCAUAAUUUAUUGUUCAAGAGUGUUCAUUACACAACGAGCACGCACACGUUAUUCCCAAAAAUAUUGUAGAAUCUUGACUCUUUUUAUGGUGACUUUCUCUCUUUCGGAAUCUCAAUUUAUUUCUUAAUAUACAAAGUGUUCAUUCUCGAUUAACUUAAUUAAUCGCGAUAUUAUAUUUUAUAUCAAGAUAUCCUAUUUUUAAGUAAUAGGCGAGAGGAUAUCAUAGUCGUUGAUAACACGUUAGCGUUAACGUACUUUCGAAUCUCUUUCGAUAUGAUUUAAGUUACUUAAAGACAUCGCGUCCUAAGAUCAUCAUGGACAUAGAGCGUUCGCCAUAAAAAAAGUCAAUGAGGGAUGAUGAAUCUCAAUGACAUAUAUUAAUGUGUGCCCGCUUAUCGUCAUGCGAAUCUUUUAUUGCAUAUUACCUUCAUAUUUACUAAAUAGCGUGCCGAUGUGUUUUUUUCGCCGUUUUAUUACACAUUAUAGAAAGCGCAUUCCCAUCGCAUCGGCCGUCACAAUUUUAGACAUAAUUUUUCUACGAGAUUUAAAAAACCGCAGAGUUCUAGAAAUAUGCGCACACAGGGCGCUCCAUCCACCUUUGAUAAUGCUUCGAAUUUAACUCGACUAGAAUGUAUUGCGAAGAGGAAAUUGCUUAUGUAGAAAAAGUUGCGCAUUGAUAUAAGAAGGCACAAAACUGGCCUAACUUUCAUCAUGCAAUCUUUCGUCCUCAAUACACAAAUGAGCUAUCAAAUAUCGCGCGAUUGGAUGGACCACCCUGUAGAGAAAUUUUCUCGUCUCUUCGUGAAAGCAGCGAGAUACCAAAAUCGGAGAUCAUUAUAUUAUAUGUGCGAAUAUAAUUAUAUCUUUUAAGUUUACUCUCUCAUUCACAAUACGUGCAUCGAUGCGCAUUUCGACAUUUGCCCGCAUAACUCUCAUGUCAAUGAAAUUAAAAAAAAAGAAAAGAAUAAACGAAGAGGAAAUCUACAAAGAG